AUGAGCGAGGCCAGCCGCCUGUGCUCCGGCUACUACAGCCUCAAUCACAGCUUCGUGGAGCCCUUCCAGUGCCCCCGGCACGGCGAGGGCGCCGCGCUGCUCUACUGCUGUGGCUUCGCCGACCUCAAGUACUGCUGCAGCGAGCCGGGCAGCUACUUCCCCUACAAGCACAGCUACAUGUGGAGCCUCAGCGUUGGUGCUCUGAUUGGACUGGGAAUUGCUGCCCUUGUUUUACUUGCCUUUGUCAUCAGUGUCUGCGUCCUUUGCUAUUUAUUUCUAUACACGAAGCCUCAGACAUUAGACACUGGCCUUAAACUUCAACACCUGGAGGCUCCUUCCACCAGAGAAGGACACUCAAACAGAAAAAUCAAAGCCAUCAAUUCAAAUGCAGCAUCAAAUUCAACAAAUGAAACAUCCUACGGAGCUGAUGAUGUAAUUCAUGAAAAAAUAAUGGAUAAAACACAAAUCAACAUUGUUAAUUAA